UGUGGUCCAGCCGCGUCUGUGACCUCUAGCCUUCUGGGAUCAAUCCCUUUAAGGCUUCACCGACUCCGAUAGUGCGGAAGGGCUAGGCAAUCCAAUCCACGCGAACCACAAUAAGAAGUAUAAGUUUUGGUUCAUUCACACGAGCCGAGCAGCGUCGCGUGGUAGACCGAUAGGUAUGCGCCGACGCUUUGUAUCAUGUGUAUGACACAACGUCCGUCGGCCGAUACAAGUAAAACACGACCGAUCACCAGCCACUUCCAUUCAGUGCGCCAAGAUACGAUUUCAUCUGCACUCUCACUUUGCUAGUAGUCGCACGUGCGCCACUGCACGCAGCGAGACUGCAAGCAGAGAGUAACAUACCCGAUUUGCAAGUGUUAAUACACUGUGAAUGCAAACAGAUGUGACACUGGCAGUUAAAUUCGACGGAUUCGAAAUUCAAAUCGUAGUCCGUUUUGACUUAACGAUUGAUGGAUUGACGUGAAUUGUAAAUUGACUGUAAAUAAACAAAUAGUGUAAAAUACAAAUAUAGGUUUUAGUGUGUUCUAAGUGAUAAAAAAGUUGUGUAAAAUGACGUCACGGUCCAAGGAGAAGGUGGCGGCAGCGUUUCGGAAACUGUUCCGAUCACCUGAGAAGCUGGACAAGGAUGGAGCCGGACCGAGUGGUUCACCAGCCAGGCGCGGGUUGUUCCGACGGCACAGAGACGGAGUCAGCCCAGCAGAAGCGGCCGUGAGUUUGCCAGCAAGUCCCGCCGCAUCCGCGCUUGCAACGAAGAAGGCAGUUUGCGCCAAUGAUGCGCGGGAAAGAGCCGCAGCUGUGCGCACGCGCAGGCUUAUGAAGGAGCUGAAGGAAAUACAGCGGUCGCAAGAGCACAGGCCGAACCCAGUAUUUACAGUAGAGUUAGUGAACGACAACCUGUUCGAGUGGCACGUACGGCUGCACCAGAUUGAUCCGGAGAGCGACCUCGCCUCCGACCUGCGGGAACUUAGCAUUUCCAACAUACUGCUGCACCUCAUAUUCCCGGAGAACUUCCCCUUCGCGCCGCCUUUUAUGAGAGUCAUUGAGCCGCGGAUAGAGAAAGGAUUUGUUAUGGAAGGCGGAGCCAUAUGUAUGGAGCUGCUAACACCACGGGGCUGGGCCUCCGCGUAUACCGUUGAAGCGGUGGUGAUGCAGUUCGCGGCCUCCGUGGUCAAAGGUCAAGGCAGAGUAGCACGCGUACCGCCGCGGUCUUCGCGCGAGUUCUCCCGCCGACGCGCCGAGGAAGCUUUCCGGUCGCUCGUCAAGACACACGAUAAAUAUGGAUGGGUCACACCCUCGCUAUCUGAUGGUUGAGAAAAGAUAGCGGUCAACCCUAUGCUGAAUGGAUCUCUAAUAGUUAAUAAACUCAUUUUUAUUUUAAUAGUUUUUGUUGUAACUAGUAAAAACAAGCUAUAAACAUUUCUAUGUAAUUAAAUUGAAGAAAGUGUUCAGCCAGCCACCAGUUUAGUAUUUGUUUGACAAAUUGGAAUCUUCUGCCACUAGUGAUAAGCAAAGAAGUAGUGCUAUAUUGCCGCUCUUGCUAGCAGCAACGGAGCAGAGAGCAGCGUAAUUCCCACAAAAGAACCCUUCAAAAAAGCUUUUGAGAUAACUAUUUGCGUAAAAACAGCAUUUAAUGGUGAGCAAGCCAUCAGUGGCCGUCAAACCAAGAAGUAAGAUAUUGCCGCCAUUGGUAGCGGCAGCGGAGUGGUCUUUUAUAAGCACACAAAUUCUCAAAAGCUCAUUAUUUAAGGUAUAGACCUCUCCGCAGUAUUUCAAGCACCCAAGUUUGAUAAAAAAUAAUUUCACUAAGAAACAAAGCUAAACUACAUUUCUAGGUAGGAGCUAAAAAAGACCUCAAAUAAAUGAAACCACGAAAAAAUAGUUAGGAGGAUGGCGGGAGCGGAGAUGACCAAAUGUACAGCAGCACAACAGCCUUUUAUACUUAGGUUACUUUUAAACACUCAAGCUGUCAACUUGCAAUAUGUAAAGCAAUUUUUUAGCUUAACAUUAGUAUCAGGAAUUAGGAUAUUAACUUAUAAUACGGCCACUAAUGGCUGGCCAAGACACUUUCUAAGUAAAAUUAACUAUCAUCCUCGUCUCAAAGUACAGUGAAACAUUCAAGAAUAUUAUUACAAUUCUUAGUAUACCUACCUAUAUAGAUUAGUGAAAUUGUCGUGGGAUUAAUGCAAUAAACUACGAUGGGAAUAUUCACUAUAAUCCUAAGCGUGUGUUCACAUACAACUAACUUCAGUGAUAAAUAAAAAUUACGUACCUACUCGAAAGUUAUUGUGAACCUAACCGCAGAAGAGAAGAAAAACAACUGACAGAGUUUAACCUCGUUAUGGUAAUUGAAGAGACAUAAUAACGUUCUCUUUGGUAGAUAUAUUUUUCAAAAUCACAUUUUAUUAUCAAACUUUGUACGUGCCAAAAAUACCUAAAUGUAUCGUGCUCAAUAGUCUGUAUUGACGUCUUUUACAUUUCUAUUAGUUUCUUUUGAUAACAAAUACUCUUGUCGAACGCUUGUAGGCUCUAUUUUAUACUUACCUCCGUACACACAUUUUUAGAAAUAUUAAAAUGUACCUAACACUUUUUCCAAAAUUUUAAAUAUUUUAAUCGUAAUAUGUGUCCGUCCCAAAGUCAUUUAAUAGUUUUUGAUAUUAUGUUGUAUAAACUAACAAAAACUUUUAAAGACCUUGAUGUAUCUUUAAGUAGUUCCAGGUAUUAAGUGUACAAAAAAAGGACAUGAAAUGCCAUAAACAAAACACAUGGGUACCUGGCAAUUUAGAUGUAGUGUCCCUGUAACUUUGAGCUAAAAGUCUUACAGUAUUCUUGUUUAGAUCUCUAUGGCUGCGUAAAUACACAGGCUUUUUAUGUCUUGUCUAUUAUUAAUAUAUUCUUUUAAUAUGGAAUCUCAUCUCAGAUGAAAGAAAAACAAAAAUUGACACUUCUAUUCUAUUGUAAAGAUGACAUGUAACAUCUAAAAACAUUUUACAGUUGUAUAGUUUUAAUUAAAGCCUCAAGAGUAGUUAUACUCAAAUUAGUGAUUUGUGUAUCUAAAAGUAUGCAAGUAUAUGUAUAAAAAAUUGAAUGUGUCGCAACAUCUUAGAAUUGAUAGAUAUUAUUAAGAAAAAUGUAAAUUGAUGUUGUUGAUUUGUUUAGUGAACCAAAGAUGUUUAUUUUUUAUGGUAAAAUAAUUUAGUGCAAGAAGUGUUUAGCUGGAUUAUAUGUACAAUGUUAUGAGUGUAAUAAAUUACUUGCUCAAUUAUAAAUUACAACACUUUUAAUUAAUAAACCUUAUGACGACCUGUCCUUAACCUUCAAAAAGUUAUAAGUGAAUAUAUAAUAGUUAUGUAAUAGUAAUCUUGUCAGAUCGAAAAGUAUUGUUAAUACAGGUGUAAUGAACAAUUAAUACAAUCAAAACAAUCUUUGAUCUGAAAGUUUUUGAUAUUAUUAAUAACUGGCAUAACAAUAAAUUAAUUUUAUGUAUACAAAUAUUAUACAUAGGAAAGAUUUAUGUUUGUUUGACUGUUUGUACCCAACAGGCUCUAAAAGAAUGGACAGAAUUCAGCCAUUUCUUUGUCAAAAUAAAGCUAAAAACAGACAAAAAUGUCACAAAUUAAAAGUAACAUGUGAUUUGAU